CACACUCUGUCCCUGUUCCUCUCCUCGAAACCCUAGAUCGACUUUCGGCGGCGGCGGCGGCUGCGGAGGUGCACGACCACGCUCGGCCUGCAUCGCGUGGCACAAGAGACCGGCGGGCGACGUGCCCCCCCCCCCCGGGACGGGGCGGCGGUGCAGUUGCUGGCCCCCUGCGCGACGGGCAGCGGCGCACGCGCGGACCACCCCCCGCGCUACGGGCGGUGGUGUGGGGAGAACCGUCGGACAGGAGGAGUUCGAAGGAGAAUUCGGAAUCGAUUCGAUCGACUCUGUGAUUUGGAUCAGGGUUUGGAAACUUCUUGUAUGCUCACAUAUUCAGUGCUGAUUGGUGCAAAUAGUUUGGGGGCUGAGGUCCGAAAUUCUGUGAAUCAAUUGUAAAAAGGCUAUUUGAGGUGCGAAGAAAUGGAAUGCAACAGGGAUGAGGCCCAAAGGGCAAUGGAUAUUGCAAAGAAGAAGUUUGAAAUGAGGGACCUGCCGGGUGCCAUGAAAUUCGCUCUCAAGGCUCGGGCGCUCUUUCCUGAUCUUGAAGGCAUUGCUCAGAUGAUUGCCAACUUUGAUAUCUAUCUUGCUUCAGAGGUGAAGGUUGCUGGCGAGAAGGACUGGUACUCUAUCCUUUCUGUUGCCCCAUCAGCGGAUGAUGAACUGAUCAAGAAACAGUACAGGAGGUUGGUUCUUCAGCUCCACCCUGACAAGAACAAGCAAGUGGGUGCUGAGGGUGCUUUUCAGAUGGUCCAAGAGGCAUAUACACUGCUAUCCGAUAAAGCCAAGAGGGUAGUAUACGACCAAAAGAGGAAUGUAAGGCUCCAACAGAGGACAGCUCAAUCAAGUAAGGCAAGUGCGGCUCCUGGUGUAUCUAAUGGCUUCUAUAAUUUUGCUGCCAAUGCUGCUGCCACCUCCAAGCCGACGGUAAAAAAGCAAACAGUGGGACCAACAGCACCUGCCGUGCGCCCCUGCCCGCGCCCACCUCAACCUCCACCACCAUCCGCCGUGCCCCCUCAUGCGCCUACACCUGCACCUGGGUCAAAACCUUCUACAUUUUGGACCUCAUGCAACAAAUGCAAGAUGAACUAUGAGUACCUCAGGGUGUAUCUGAACCACCAUCUUCGUUGCCCUAGCUGCCGUGAGCCGUUCCUAGCAAAAGAGGUACCAAUACCACCAACUAAGACCGUGGGACAGGAUUCAAACAUUGGUGGUGCAAAACAAAAUACAAGCACUAAUAGAAAUAUGCAGUGGGGUCCAUUUUCAAGGGCUGCUGGUGCAGCUAGCGCCACUACAUCAUCUGCUGCUGCUGCUCAAGCUGCUAAUGUAGUUCACCAGACUUACGAAAAAGUUAAGAGGGAGAGGGAGGAGGCACAAGCUGCGGCAAGAAGGGAAGAGGCUCUUCGGCGGAAGUACAAUCCUCUAAAAAGUCAUGCAAGCAUGUCAGAGAAAGUUUUGGUUAACGAUGCUGGAGUUGGUUCUUCAUCAGUCAUAUCAGGUCCUGGAGCAAAUUGUUUUAGAGUGCCUGGUGUGAAUAUAUCUUUUUCAAGCAACAUUGGGGCCUAUGAGUUUCAAGGUGUUAAUGGUGGACCCAAUUGGAAAUUCAGGCCUCCAAUCCACAUAAGUUUAGCCAAGACCUUCUCCCAGUUGGAUGUUAGGGGUCUUUUGCUGGAAAAAGCGAAAAGCGAGCUGAAAAACAAGUUAACAGAAAUGAAAAGUAAAACAUCCCAAGUUGCUGCUAGUGGAAAAACAACCAAGAAACAUGUGGUUAAGGAAAAUGGAGGGGAUAAUGAAGCUGUAGCAUCAGAUGAUUCUACUACUAAUAAAGAUGUUCAUGCUGAUCCAAAUGCGAUUGGUUCAAAUACUAACUCAGAUGCUGAAAAUGAAGAUGAUGACCCCUUGUCAUAUAAUGUUCCUGAUCCUGAUUUCCAUGAUUUUGACAAGGAUCGCACUGAGGAAUCUUUUCAAAGUGAUCAAAUUUGGGCUACAUAUGAUGAUGAGGAUGGUAUGCCUCGUUAUUAUGCAUUUAUUCAGAAAGUUUUCUCUUUGAAACCAUUCAAGCUCAAAAUAAGCUAUCUCGAAACAAAGACAAAUAGUGAAUUUGGGCCUUUGAAUUGGGUUUCUUCUGGCUUCACAAAGACAUGUGGUGAUUUCAGGACUGGUAAAUCUGAAACUUGUGAUAUAGUCAACAUGUUCUCGCACCAGAUGAAAUGGGAGAAAGGGCUGCGUGGGGUUAUCAAAAUUUAUCCACAAAAAGGUGACAUCUGGGCUAUUUAUCGGAAUUGGUCCCCUGAAUGGAAUGAAGACACUCCAGAUAAUGUGAUCCAUGCCUAUGAUGUGGUUGAGGUACUAGAUGGUUAUGAUGAAGAUGAUGGCAUCUCCGUUAUUCCCUUAGUUAAAGUUUCCGGGUUUCGAACAGUAUUUGAGCGCCAUCAGGAUGUGAAUGCUGCCAUGAAGAUUCCCAAAGAAGAGAUGUUUCGGUUUUCACAUCAAGUGCCUUUUUACAGGAUGUCAGGCAAAGAAGCUCCAAAUGUCCCAAAAGAUAGCUAUGAGCUUGACCCAGCUGCUAUUUCUAAAGAACUUCUUCAAGAGACCACAGAAACAGUGGAGGCAAAUGGAACCUCCUAGUGUUGAUUAAGACUAUUAAAUAUGGUCUGCCUUGGUUGACCUUCCAUUUUGAAGCAACAGUUCUCCCCAAUCACCAUGACGAUAGUAUGCUUUUGACAAGUAUUCCUUCUUAUGGUACCUGUUAUCUUCCUGAAUCCUGAGUGCAUAUGUGAUUAUUUCAAACUAUCAAAUCACACACCUGCAUCUACUAUGAUAAAUAGGCUGUUCUUUGAUCCAUAGUUUCAUAUUAUGGUAUUAUGCGGUCAACGAGUGGAUGGCUCCUGGCUGUACUACUACCAUUGGCUUUUGAACAGAAAGUUUGCAUAAUAACUAACAUGGGUGCAAGUAAGGUGUUGCUCACUGUAGUGUAACUUAUUACAAGUAACUCGAGUUUUUCUUUUUCACUUCUUUUCUCUGUUUCUUCCUGUUGUGUUAGUGGAUCCUUUUGGAGAACAGAAGAAGUACUGAACCUGGCUUCUAUUUUGGGACUGGAGAUAACAGUAGCUGUAGCUUAUGAAUGGUCUCUGUGCUGCUUGAAAAUCAUGAUUGGUUUAUCUACAAUGUAGAAAUCGACAAUCAAGAUCAGACUGUUUUUUUAAAAAAACAUUGUGGCCACUAGUUUCACUUGUGCUGCUGAAAGGUCCAAGUUAGGAAACAUAACAAUCAAUGUGUUCUGUGAGCAAAAUGUAAUGGUCAUUAUUCCGUAGGAGACUGUAGAGAAUUUGGAUUACUUCAAGUAGUCUGGGCUAUGUAUGUUACCAAGGCCCCAUUUGGCCCAUGUAUGUUGAUAUAUUUGUAUAUCCAUGAGGAGUACAGAAAGAUCUUGAUUUCAAACCCAAAACAUACUAAACAAGAUGGAGAGCAUAAAUGAAAUCUGCAGCAUUGUGAUUUACUGAUUUUAAUUGCUUCGAAUAAAUGAGAGUUACGCAUCUAAACAGAAGUACAUGGGUUGUACACACAGUAGCAAGCCGAUCUGAUUAGCAACCAACCAAACCUAGACCUAGAGUUAGGUACUCCAUGAAUAUAUGCCGCUCGAUACAACUAUGUGUUACCAUAUUGUACCCACAUGUUACCUUAUCACUUCACAUUAAUAAUACUGAUAUAGUAAUGUGUUACUAUUAAGUAUGCAUGUAACCACUUUCCAGUAAAGUACAAAAUGAGUGAGCUUUGUUACUCGAUGCCUCUGGUAUCUUUUUUUUCUGUGUGAGUUUUUUUAAGGCAAAAUUGGCCGGUGAACACCAUUCAAAGCUGGCUUUUGCCACAAGACAAUGAAAAAAUGAUGUCUUUGAUGAAAGACACUGCAUAAGAGUGGUAAUUUGCUAUAGAACACUAGACCUAUUAUAAUAUUCAAUUUUAAUAGUAAGCUACAGGCAUUGACCUUCUUAUCCUUGACAAUCUUUUACUUGCACUGCACCAGGCUCCAAGUGUCCGAGUUUGCUGCCGGAGCACUGCCACCCACUCUGUCUUCUCCAACCAUGGGAAGAAGCACAUACCGUGGGUCAGCAUCCAUUGUACAUUGCUUGGGAAACUAUAAGCCACAUGUUCUCACUACUUGUGUUGCUGAUGCUGUGCUCUUCCUAGCACCUAUGGAGGGUGGAUGGAAAGGCUGGGCUGCUGGUGUGAAAUAUCUUGGGGGGGGGGGGGGGGGGCAGGGGGCAUCAAUGCUUAAAGCAAGCUUAAGCAGCAGAAUACCUUGUGGGUCAAGGAAGUAGUGUUGACCUGCUAUUUCUUUCAUCUCAAGUCCUCUUAAACAAAGUGACGAAAAGAUUGUUUCUGUUGAAACCUUUUCAUCUGACAUUAGGUUAGGUCAUGGAUAGGUGAAAGAUAUGUCAUCGAUUAAAAAAUUGUUUCAUACAUCAUGGGCUAUGAUAGAUUGAAAGCUAUAGGAAACGAUAAGGAUAGUUACCCGUCUAAGCAAGUACUAAUAGAUGCAAGCCUCUUUGAGCUUGAAGAGCAUGCUGUUCAGUUUGUCGAAGAAUUUAUUGCACAAAAGAAUGAUUGAGAAGUUAAUAUCAUUCACUCUGCUGAAGGCAA